GCUGAGAGGAGACAGCACCAGUGGCCCCUCUUCACACUGUGAGAGAAGGAGACAUGGAAGGAAAGCUGGGUUUGUCACAGUGCUAUUGCCUCUUGAAGUCAAAUUGUGUCGUCCUCUUCAGAGCCGUGUGACGCAGAGUUUAUUAUGGAGGAUGUGAAGCCUGAGGGCUGGCGGCAGCUACUUCAACCCCAUGGUGCAGCUGGCAAAAACAGCACGAGACUCCUUCGCAGGUCCUCAUCAUGGAGGAGGCCUGGGGAGCGGGGUUAUUACGAGGGCCCCGCGGCUCAGGUGAAUGAGCCCCCUCGCGGAGCUCGUCCUCUGAGCUGCAUAGAGGGUGGCAGGAUGGACAAAUGGCUUCAGACACUGGAGAGACUCCAAUCACGUCGGCCUCAGAAUCAAAUACCUCAGUUUGCGGACAGGACAGUAUCAAUGCCAGUUCUCCCGAAUGAGAUGGCGGGAAGUAACGCACUAUGUCCUGAUGUUUCCUCUCUCUGCAGGAGGAAUCAGACCCCUGGUGUCUGUCCCAGUGUAUGUGAAAGCUCCUCGAGCAGCCUGGAGUCUGUUCACAUUAAAGCUGCUCCUGCUGCAGAAAGAGCUCAGUUCUGUGCUCUCGCUCCGGUUCGCUUCGGCUGGCUGCCCAUACAAAGACACAUGAUACUGAACAACUUCUCUGACAACCACCAUGACAACAGUAGAUGCCAGCAGAAACUGAAGUCUCCCAUCACUCCAGUACUGCUCAGCACUCCUGCCAAACUUAAUUGGCCAACACCAAAUGACAGGGAAACUGCUAGGCCUGAACCUGUAGGCUUCAGAUACUGGAGGACACCUGAGAAAACACCAUCCGUCCUCCAUCAGGCUUCGAGAUCCGUGAGCUCCGAGGGAGGACGAAAUGGACCGCAAGCCUGGAAUCCGAAAGCCGAGAUGGACACAUGCCACGCUGGACCUCAUCCCGUGUUGAGAAAUCCCACAUGCAGGCGUGGAAGCGCGCCGGAGUCCUUCAGCUCCUCAAUAUCGUCCAUCACUAUCACUUCCAGGAAGGUCAUGCACACAAACUCCAGGCCUCUGAGUCCAGCGACGAAUGACCUCGCCGAUGGACGAAGAAAAGCUUUAGUGGUCAAAGUCACAGAACAGAGGACAAAAAGCACUUCCAGCCUGCACAUCGCCUCAACCUCUGGCUCUGAUCGUGAAGAGAUGGACCACGGCGUGGUACUGAGAAGAAAGGCAACCAUUGUGAAAAUGACCGAACAGAGAGAGCGCUUCAGUCCAGUGCAGUACAGACACAGCUACACUGAAGGACUCCAUAAUGAAUCUAAAGUCAAUCCCUCACCAUUAAACCAACCGUUAACUAUAUCUCUAGAGCCAGGAGGAAACCAGUGGAGUUCCCAGCACAGAUCUAGCCUGUCUCUGUACCUCAGCAACCCAAACGAUAGCAGCACAGCAGGGGAGAGCGACACCAAAACAUACAAGCCACCUCGAAGGCCUCUCAGCUGCGACGCAAGCCUGUUUAACCGCACAGAACUUGGCAAUAAUGCAGUUACACAUCCAGCAUUUCACAACAAGAGCUCUCCUGUUCCCCAGAAGACAAAUAUUGACCUUGUUAGUUCCAGCAGCAGCGAAGCAAGAAGGCGCUGGGCCUCCGGUGGCGAGGACAGGAGCGCGAGGAAAGAGUGGGAUCGUGAGGAACCUAUUUCAGGAAUCAGACCUCUCACGCUACUAAAAGCAGCAGAUAACUUGGCUGAUCUGAGUGCAGACGCCGUCCUGGCCCUGAACGCCGCUGCGGUUAUCGCCAACAUAAAGCUGCAGGCCCAGCAGAGACGAACUACAUCCCACACAGCAACGGCAGUGUGUUUAACAGAGGAUAGAGGGCAAAAUGAACACGGAGAGCUCAAAGAAGAGGCUGCUGGUGCUGAUGGAAAGAACAAAACAUGUCCAGCAGAUCAAUGUGUGGAUUUUGUCCCAUUGGAGUCCCAAAAUGACCUUUCUGAAACUGCUUUAGUUCCACUGUCACUUAGCGAGGCUUUAGCGAUCAGACGGCCUGAUUUCAUCCAGCGCUCACAGGCCAGACUUCGAGCCCUGGAGAGGAGGUCGCAGGAGAGGCAGAACUCCUACAGCUCACCGCAGACACCCGAGAGCGGAGAAAGCCUUGUGAAAUCCAAAGACAAAAGCAUCACGGGAAGGAGUCUACAGCUGCGGUCCAAGAGGAGUUAUAACCAGCUGCCUGAGGUGAGGAAGAGGAGAGAGGAAGAAAAGAGGAAAAAAGAAGAAGAGAAAAGAAAACUGGCGUCUCGGACCAACAGGCUGCGGGCAGAGCUCUUUAAAAAGAAACUUCUAGAGCAGAUUUUGCAGAGGGGAGGAAAUCACUGACACCGCCUUGGACUCGUGUUUCUUCUCACUCCACAGUUCUCAUGCCGGCCCUUGAAAAAUAUGACAUGACAUUAGUUAUAAAUGUUAUGGAAUAGUUCCUUUCAGAAUGAAUGUGCCUUAAACAUGGACUGCAGCCUCAUUUCUUUGGCUCUGGAUUACAUCUUCUCUCUCUAUACAUACAUUACUGGUCAAAAGUUUGAAAUAAUUAAGGUUUUUUAAUGUUAAGUCUCUUAUGUUCAGCUAGGCUGCAUUUAUUUGCUCAAAAAUACAGUAAAAACAGUAAAAAAUGUGAAAUAGUAUUACAAUUUAAAAUAACAGUUUUCCAUUUGAAUAUAUUUUAACAUGUAAUUUAUUCCUGUGAUACAAAGCUGAAUUUUCAGCAUCAUUACUCCAGUCUUCAGUGUCACAUGAUCCUUCUAAUAUGUUGAUUUGCUCUGAUUAUUAUCAAUGUUGAAAACAGCUUCUUCAUAUGUUUAUGGAAACCUUGCAUUUUUCAGUCCUACAGAUUCUCAGCAGUAUCACAUGGCAGACACAGGACAUCAGGAGAGUCUUUUGGCUUCUUAGAGAUGCUACAGUUGCCAUAUAGAUGGAUAGUUGGCCCUUUCAGUGCCUCUAUCCCUGUCAUAUAUUAUGUAAGAGACACGAUAUAAAAGAGCACACGGCUCCGGUCCUCAUCACUAAAAGCCUAAAAUCCAACAUUUGAAGACAUUCUUAUAACAUGAAGGACCUGAUCUCGCUCUCAGCCUUGAAGUCGUAGGUUCUGCGGGCUCAUUAUGACAUCAGUAGCCUUCCUCAGUCCGUGUCUCUCCGAGCCAUUAGCCGGGAGCAAAAGGAAUUUGACCUCGUCUGAAUAGGAAUGCAUCACUAAUGGAGCCGAGUGCUUGCGCGGGGUGAAAGAGGCUUUUGUCCUCUCUCCGAAUGAGCCAAGACUGUCCCACAUGUGCCUGCUUAGACGGGACAUGACUGUGCAAUAGUCGAGUUAUAAACUGAAGCCUUGAAAUAAAACUUGAUUUGACAGACUUUAUAUUAUAUCCUGUUGUUGUGUUUGGUAUUUUAACUAUUACACUUUAAAAUCAAAAGAUUGGGCCAGAAGAUGUGGAGUGCAGUAAUGUAGCUUUCUUUGUGUGAUAAGAUGAUGUAUUUUAGGCCAGAAAUGUAAGUGCAAAUGCCCAACCAAGGACAAAGUAUCCCUGUAAGUCCCUGUAAGGCAAGUCAUUUCACUCAGCGGCCAUCUUCGUAACACUAUUUCAGUCAUGCAAGUAACAGCUUUUAUUUCUUUGAAUGGGGAAACAUCAAAUUCGCCAAAGCAAUGCAGCAAACUUACUAUUAAAUUUCAUAUUUGAAAUCGCCAAUGAAAUCUGACAACUGUUCUAUAAAUUUUGUUUCUAAGGCUCAAAUAGGACUAAAAAGCUUAUUUUUCAGAUUUUUGAGUUUUCUCAAAUUUUUGUUGUGGUUGAGAAACCUCAAAAAUCUGCUGAAGCUGGUUUCCUUAAACUUUUUAAGUUUGCUCAACUUCUUUUUUUUUUUUUUACAGUGCUGUAAAAAAUCAAAAGUUGAGAGAACUUAAACGUUUAAAGGGGUCAUAUGAUGCUUUUUUAAAGAUCAUUAUUUUAUGUAUUUGGUGUAACAGAAUAUGUUGACAUGUUUUAAUGUU